CUUCAAUUAUAGGAGGGACGUCUGAUUUCAGGGUCGUUUGGUUGGAUUGCUGUAAUCAGACCUUACACAGACUUUUUUCUUGUUGACAAAACCAAAUUUAAGACAUAUAACUUCAGUCUAACACUUUUUACGAUUUUUUCUGGCUUGAUGGGACCCUGAGUGUAAAGUCCUUCCACUCAUCAGUAAUUUAAUAAAUCAAUAUUUUUAUUUGAUAAUGCCUGGUUACAAACAAGAAAUGCCUCCUCCCGGAGGUUUCGUUCCAAUUGAUGUCUCAAGAAAAAUGCCAAAAGGCUAUGUACACGGUCUUAUAACACUUGGCGCAUUGUAUACUUCAACAUAUGUGGGCUUUAAAGUUCUCAAACAUAUGAAAGGAAAACAAGCUAAAAUUAAUAGAGAAGACGAAGAAUGUCGAAUCGCCCUUGCUCCUUUCAUUAUAGCUGAACAAGAACGAUUAUACUUGAAACAAUUACGAAAAAAUCGCGAAUACGAACAGAAUUUAAUGGGUGAUGUUGCAGGCUGGAAAAUUGGUCAUUGGUUUGACUACCCAGUUUAUCAUAAUCCUCGAGGUUUAUGGUGUGAUCCGGAUGUGAAUGAGUUUUAUGCUCAUGUUGCUGAUUGCGAUAAAGAUUUGAGGCGUAAAGUGCGAAAUCGUUACUCUUAAGUUGUGCUGGCGGUGGAAGCUUGGAAGCACUUUUUAUUUUUGAAGGACUGAUAAUUUGAAUUGUAGUUAAAUAUGUACUAGAUCAAAU